UUUUUUCUUAUUAUGAUUUUCUUAAUAAAUAUAAUGAAAUUUAACUGGAUUCUCAAUUAUAAAAUACUAUCAUAACUUGUUAAUAAUUAAAUAGGUUAAGCUUUCUUCAAUCUAGGGUUUUCAAAUUCUCACCUAGUGUCCAAGCCUGAGCAAUGUGAUGUCAAGGAAUUGGUUGCUUUUAACAUUUAUCUACAGAUACUCUCAAAGCCAGUAAUGUUUUUUCUAUAUCAUUUCACCUAUUGUCUCAAACAUUUCUUGCUUUUAUUGCACAAAUUUGCCACUACAGUCACCAUAAUUUGGGAUCUGUAUAACAGUUUAACAUGUCAUUCUCCAAGUUGCAUAAUUUUUUUUAAGAGUCUGAUUUGAAGAUUUCAAUUUGAAAUGCUUUAGUGCACUUCAAUGGAGCCAUCAAGAGAAAGGAUUCUGAAGAAAAUAGAUAACCCCCAAUUGCUAAACAGAGCUGCCCCAAACCUGCAUGUUAAUAGGCAGCAUGAGAUGCCAAAAUUGAGGAAGAAAAGCACAGGUGCUCCAGCAUCAACUGUUAAAUACAAGUCAUAUGGAGACCCUUGUCCCAAUGUAUUCAAGAGAAAACCAAGUGAAGUUGUAGAAGCAAAAUUGCAUCCACAGGUGUCAUAUGGUGAUGGCUCUAUCAGGACAAAGCCUCACAUCAUUGAGCAUCAUAAUUUUUGCGACAAAAAGUAUUUGGAAUCAUCUUUUGUGAAGAAAGAUUGCCCCCUGUUUCAACCAUUUCCACCUGAGAUUGUGUUUAGAAACUUCAAGCCUUUCCAGCAAUAUUCACAAGUUUUCAACCUCCGGAACAAUGACAAGAUGGCAAGGCGGGUUCAAGUGUUACCACUUCUAUCUGGGUACCUCAAUGUGCAGUUGUAUACACCUGUUGAUAACAAUGAUCUUAGCAUAUUUGAUGAACAAGGCACAAGCAAAGUUGCACCUGGAAUGGAGAUGCAAUUCAUUGUUAAUUUUUGCCCUGAGAAUGAAGAUGACCAAGAAGCCUCUAUAGUGGUGGUCACUGAACGCGAAAAAUUUGAGGUGCCUGUGAUUUGCCAUGGAGCUCGAGCAAUAUUGGACCUUCCCGAUGAAAUUUAUUUUCCACAAACUCCUGCUCAUCUAGUAUACACCAAAAAUGUUAUGCUCCGCAACUUGGGCACCAAAUCAGCGGAGUUUACAUUACAAGUAAAUGGGUACUUUGCUGUUUUUCCAACAAGAGGUGUCAUAGAACCUGAGAACUUUUUAGAAGUUUAUGUUCAAUUUCGACCACUGUUGGUGGGAGCUCAUGAAGGAGAGCUUAUAGUUGCUUACAAUCGCAACAUUGAAAGAAUGUAUUGCAAACUUUAUGGUAUGGGUUUGGAGUUGGAUGUGGGAAUAUCUGCAGAUACUGCAAUAGCAGUGCCCACAUAUGUGGGGAGAAAAUCACAAAUGGUGAUACAUGUGCAAAACUACUCCUCCACAGUUGCAUACUUCCUUUGGGAGAAAUUUGCAACUGAGAAUGAAGAUGCGGCCUAUUUAGUAUCAGUGACAACUUCAGACAAGGGUUGUAGUCAAGGACGAGAUCUGUUCACUCACGACAAAUAUGCUGAUUCCAAUGGCAGCACCACACCUGAGAGACCAGUCUCUGCAACCCACAGUGAUGAAAACGAUGGCAUCCAAACUGCUUUUGCAUUGAGUCCCGGGCAUGGAGAAUGUUGGCCAAAUAGUCGAACAGAGAUCACUAUCACAUUCAUGCCUCCACGUGCUCACAAAUACUAUUGCAAGGCUUAUUGCAAAAUUUCUGGAAAGUCUGAAAAAUUAGUGGUUCAUUUGGAAGGAUGUGGGAUUGGGCCUAUAGCACAAUUUUUCCCAUGCAAGCUGGACCUACAAGAACUCCAUCUUUUUGCUACAUAUGAAUAUGAAAUACAACUCAAGAACUUAGGAGAAAUGGAAGCAAAUUUUCAACUUUGUUGCACAGAUACAAAGGAGGUGUGUUUUCAAUUUACAUUGGCGGAAGGGCUUGUUCCAAUAAACAAAGCAUGCCCCAUCAAAGUGAAAUGCUUUACACAAUUACGUGGGAGUUUUGAAAACAAGUUUGUAUGGAGUGUUGAUGGUGCUCAAUACAACCCUACUUUACAUUUCCGAGGGUGUGUUGGAAAUCCUUUGAUACACAUCAAUGUAGAAGAAAUUGACUUUGGUGUUAUUGGAUUAAGUUUUUGCUCCAAAUCCACUUUUAAAAUCUCCAAUUGUAGUGAAGCUUUACUACACUUCAGAUUACACAUUGUGCAAGAUGAUGACAGGAAUGGGUUUAUGAUAUCAGAAGAAUUUCACGAUAUCCAAGCUCAAACAUCAAAGCUGGUGACUGUGUCUUUAAGUCCCACUGCUGUUCAAAAUUAUGUGGGAUCAUUACACAUAUUUUUGUCUGAAAUUAAUGAAGUGUACAAGAUCAUCAGUUUAUCAGCAAAAGCUAUAGUUGCAAAAGUACAUCAGCAUCUCCUAGUUUACACAAUUCUCAAACAUGGCUAUUUGAUUUUGAUUUUGAUUUUGAUUUUUCCUGCUAUUUUAGUUUGAUUGAACAAAUGAUUGGUUUGUAUGUAUAUAUGAAGAAAUAAAGAAUACAAACUAGUAGAUGUGUUUCAUUUA